AUUUUCCUGGCUGAUUCAGGCAACCCAUUCAAUUCUCUUCUAACCCAAGUGGCAUGGACCUAACGGAAGUCACGCGAGAAAUGGACAUUUUUUUUUUAACCAAUGAAAACAUUGUAACCAGCACGUCUGCUGAUCGCUUUCUCCAAGGGCUCAAAAUCAUCGCCUGACAUUUGACCAUCAGCUCCCCGCCCCGUGAACUAGACUUGCCCGUUGUUAUACCCAGGAGACAUAUCUAGCUGCCCAUCUGAUACAGUUCUACUGCAUUAUUGAUGAAUCGCUGUUCAUUUGCAUUAGACCGCUUGACAGACUACAAACACAAAACACAAACACUUUGCCAAAACGUGGGUAUAGGUCAUUGCUCUUUACGCGAUUAUACAAACAGAAAUUCACAUUAGGUUCGACUUAAAACAAACACAUAUAUUUGAAGAGAUUAAAACUGUAAAUUACAGAAUUGGCUCAUCAAGGAUACAUUGUCUGUAACAUUUAGGAAUUUUUUUUUUAUUGAGAUCAAUUAUGGCUUGUUAUUAAUCCCCUUUGAUAUAUGUCUAUUAUAAUGGCUUGUGAUUAUCCCCCUUGGAUCAUGACUAUUAAUAUUAUGGUCUGUUGUCGUCUCCCAGUGGUUAUGUUUCUUUUAUUCUGUGGAAUUAAGCCGCAAGAGUAGCUAGCUGUGUAGCUUAACAAAUCAUUUGUUAAUUCUCAAUAGUGUAUUCAAAGAUUAUUUCUAAUAGCUAAAAUAGUUUCUAGUUUGUAUGAAAAGUUCAUAGUGUUCAUUUUUAAGCAAUAGUGACUCUUUAUUUUAGAUGUAGGGAAUGAUUAAAAGUGAAUUUUUAAAAAAAAUUUUCUUAAAGGAAACCUCAGAAUUUGCGCUAUUCAGUUUUAGCUUUAUCAUCAUAGGAAUCCUUGGGCCUUAGGCCUCUUUUCUUUGCCUCUUUUUUGGGCUUUAUGUGCCUCUUUUUUUGGGCCAUCUUGCCUCUUUUGUGGGCUUUUUUUUUUAUAUGUUUUUAUUUGUAAGUUCUCAUAAUUCACAAGUAUUAAAUCAUAAACAAUUGAAAAGCGAAUUACUUUUAAAAAUAGAGCUAACAUAAACAAUUGAAAAGUGGAUUACUUUUAAAAGUCUAGUUUGUGUUUACAAUUGAAAAGAGAAUUACUUUUUAAUGCAGAACUAUUAAUCCUUUGGGGCAGAUAUUUUUCAAAUAGUAUAAGAUAAAACAGGUGAACGGAAACAAGAAUUUAAAUAAAAGUACCGAAUGUUAUUAGUGGAGUGUCAAAUUAAACAUUGUUUUAAAAGGAUCAAAAAUAAUUUAUGUUACGAACUCAUGCAAAGUGAAUCCGAUCAAAUCUCUUGAAGCAUUGCUAUUUAGAUUACUUCCCUUUUUUAUUGUACCGAAAUUGUCUAGAUUAUUUCCCCUUAGUAUUGUAACCUCUGUGCUUAUAACCUACUCAAACCGAGAAAUGUUUUCACUGUUGAUAGUUUUAUGGAGUGCUAUAAUGUCAAGUCAGGCCUUCGGUGGAGUCGACGUGUAUUAUCGUCUGCACCAAGACUUGUUUGCUGAUUAUAAUCCGGAAGUUCGUCCAUAUUUCAACUACACGAUGCCAACAGAAGUGAUUGCCACCCUUAGCGUGGCUUAUUUAACGGAAUUGGAUAUCAGACAUCAUUUUCUACACCUGUGUGGUUUCAUAUCAAUGAUGUGGACGGACGAGAAGUUGACCUGGAAUCCAGAGAAAUAUGACAACAUCGAUCGAAUUUAUGUCAAGCAAGAACGUGUCUGGAAACCUGACAUGGCAGUCUAUAAUUCUGUCGCAGAUAAAGUGUAUCUCGGUGAGGAGAAUCUGAUUGUGACAGUUUCCUCCAACGGCACCGUGAGAUGGGAGCCUCUGGUCAACAUGGGCGUCACCUGCAAGGUGGACAUCUCCAACUAUCCGUUUGAUGUCAGUGUGUGUGGUAUCAACCUGACCUCCUGGGUCUAUCCUGAAUCAUGUGUCGAACUAAAGGCAGGGAAACCAUCGCUGGAGUUGUUCCGAGUCUUGAGCCACAGCCAGUAUUACAUUGAGUACCCUGAGCCACAGCUAACCAGAUCUCCCUACAACGGAGCGGUCUAUAGAUUUUUAAACUUCCCCAUCAAAUUGACCAGACGGCCAGAAUAUCUUAUCUUGACUGUGAUGGUUCCAAUCACGAUGCUGGCUGUCAUGUGUGCUGUGCCAUUUCUCCUGUCACCUGAGGAGCCAGAAAAGCUAAUGGUGUCCAUCACUCUGCUGCUGUCCUUUGCCGUCUCAAUUGAUUACAUCUCAGAGAAACUUCCGCAGACGUCCAUAAAUCUCUCUGUUCUAGUGGUCUACUUGAGCUCUCUCUUCGUCCUAUCCUUCCUUGGAGUGCUGGCUAACGCCGUGGUCCUGCUUCUCAAGACUUGGGAUGAUAGACUAGAGACUUCCGGAUCGCCGAGCUCCAAUCUCAAACAGGGAACAAAUUGUGCACCAACUCUGGACAAACCUGCGUCCAGGGCCCAAAGACUAAACAAGGUGUUUAUGAUCCUAAAUAUCAUCUUGUUGUUGGCUGUCAGUGGCGUAGCUUGGAUAUUGUUAAUAUAUUAGCAAUAAGACUUGAUUUACAUUACACACACCAUAACUAAUAUAUUAAGACUGGUCAUACAAGGCUGCCUAUUUUACUUUUACAUACCGAUAGUAAUGUUUUGUAUUAAGACUAGUCAUACAAGGCUGCCUAUUUUACUUUUACAUCCCGGUAGUAAUGUUUUGUAUUAAGACUAGUCAUACAAGGCUGCCUAUUUUACUUUUACAUCCCGGUAGUAAUGUUUUGUAUUAACACUGGUCAUACAAGGCUGCCUAUUUUACUUUUACAUCCCGGUAGUAAUGUUUUGUAUUAACACUGGUCAUACAAGGCUGCCUAUUUUACUUUUACAUCCCGGUAGUAAUGUUUUGUAUUAACACUGGUCAUACAAGGCUGCCUAUUUUACUUUUACAUGCCGAUAGUAAUGUUUUGUAUUAAGACUAGUCAUACAAGGCUGCCUAUUUUACUUUUACAUCCCGGUAGUAAUGUUUUGUAUUAAGACUAGUCAUACAAGGCUGCCUAUUUUACUUUUACAUCCCGGUAGUAAUGUUUUGUAUUAAGACUAGUCAUACAAGGCUGCCUAUUUUACUUUUACAUCCCGGUAGUAAUGUUUUGUAUUAACACUGGUCAUACAAGGCUGCCUAUUUUACUUUUACAUCCCGGUAGUAAUGUUUUGUAUUAACACUGGUCAUACAAGGCUGCCUAUUUUACUUUUACAUCCCGGUAGUAAUGUUUUGUAUUAACACUGGUCAUACAAGGCUGCCUAUUUUACUUUUACAUGUCGGUAGUAAUGUUUUGUUUGUUUGGCUACUGUAGAGGUGGGGUGCAUAAAAAUAUACUAGAAAUUAGAAUAGAAGCUUUAAAAAUUAUGUUGCCUUGAAGUUAUAAUUCAUUCAAUUUUUUUAGACGAUUUUUAAUUCUGCCUUUAACAUAUUUUUUUUAAAUACUAGCUACCUGUGUUCUUAAUUCCAAGGAACAUCAUUUCUUCCUUAAGAUCCCAUACUCUUCUCAAUGCCCUGCUAAUCCAGCAGGAUACUACAGCGCUACAUAACAUCUAAAUGUUCUGCUUACCACUCUUCAAGCAGACCUGAACUGAAUAUUAUCUUAAGUUCUAAUAUCAGGUCAAUAUAAUGCCCCUUAUUCAAUGCAGCUUUUACACAACCUUUCCUGAUACCGGUAACUAAUGUAUCUUAUAUAAUACAGACGUUGCUUCAAAAUAGAAGAUAGUUACGUCCUACGCGUCAUGCAUUUAGUCAUGCAUAUUAACCAAUGACCUAAAUUCUGCCAAGUCACUGGUUUUCCUGGCUAGCUCAGGCAACCUAUUCCAUGCUCUAAUAGCGUUAGGGAAGAAGGAGAAUUUAUACAAAUUUGUCCUAGCAUAUGGAACGAGAAAUGUACCUAAAUCUUUGUGUCUGGGUAUUUUUUUUAAUUUUGUUUUUGUAUUUGAAGAUUAUUGUUCAGUGUUUUAAGUAUAAUUGCUACUUUACUUUUAAGUCUUCUAUCCUGAACGCUUUCUAAAUUUUACUAAAGGUGUUACUCUAGUCAAAUGUGAAUAUUCGUUUGUUAUGAAUCUCACGGCUCUAUUUUGUGUCUGCUCCAGUUUCUUAAUGUUUUCUUUAAGUGUUAUGUUUUUGAUUUAUAGAAAUUUCUUUUUAUAAACCCUAAUGCUUUGAUUUUUUUUUGUAGUUUCAUCAAUAUGGGGAUUCCAUGACAGUUUUUUCAUUUAUUAUAACACCUAGGUAUUUGACUUUAAAGUCUGUGUUACUGGUUUGCCAUGAAUAAGAUAGGCCUACGUGGUAUUAAUUUUAGUUUUUUUUUUGUUACUCUUAAUAACUGAUAUUUUUCUGGGUGGUUAAACAUGCUCCAAUUUGAUUCCCAUCUAAUUCUCUUUAAAAAUUCCUGUUAUCUUGUUUUAUAAAUUAUGCAAUCGUCUGCGAAUAAUCUGACUUGUUCCUGUACUAAUGCUAUUUGGUAAAACUAUGUACCGGUAUAUUAAAAAUAGUAGUGGACCUAAGACUGUUCCUUGAGGUACACCCGAGUUUGUUAUCGGUGUUGAUUUAGAGCCAUUUAUUAUUACAGUUUGUUCUCUCCCUAUCAGAAACCCUUUAACUCCACUGAUGCAAUGGACCAUCAAUGCCAAAAUAUUUUAAUUUAUUAAUGUGCCGUAUGUUACAACUACCGUCAGUGAUGUCUCCCACUCCCCCAGCACAACUUAUGGACAUUAAACUUUUUUUUAAAAAAAUGUCCACAAAUUAUUGAAAUAUCUCCUGAUGAAGUCUUGGGAAAACAAAUAGUUGAAUGAUGCACUAUGUCACUCUUUAUAUUUGAUGCCUAUAUUAAUGUGUUUUCAUUUUUAAUGAACCAUUGAUGUUUUAAAUAAAUAUUUUAACUUGCAACUGC